AUGUUGAACAGGAUUAGAAGGAAACAGUGGUGGCCAAACCUCUUGAAACCUGUCCAUGUCAUCAUCCUCCAGGCAGGCUCCUUCAUGUUGCUGGGCUUGGCAUCUAUGCUGGUCGCUCUCUGUGUCAGGUUUGAGGGGCUAGUUGCAGUGCGUCUACUGCUGGGGCUGUGUGACGGCUGCUUCGUCACCCUCAUGGCCCCUGUGGCCCUUGAACUGGUGGGCCCCCUGAGAGCCUCCCAGGCCAUUGGCUACCUGCUGGGCCUCAUGGCCCUCCCAAUGACCGCCGGACCCCCCCUCGCAGGUCUCCCCUCCCUUCACCUUGUUUCGGACAGUAAUAAAAGGGGCCACUAAUCAUGUGUCAUAGUCUUAGAUACUAUUUCUUCAUGUUUUGAUGUGUGCUUUUUAUCACAUACACCCUGUUGUAACAUUUAGUUGAUCUAUUGUUAAAAUCAUCCCUACUAUAUACACACAUGAGCCUUAUCGUACAAUUGGUUUAUCUUUGGCACUGCUUUUGCCAGGUGUGAAUGAAUCAUCAUGAAGUGCUCCUCAAUGAUGCCUCUCUGUGUGAUACUGAGUCGUAUGUCUUCACGGGACUACUCCAUGACAGACCAUGACCACUUUGGGGAUUACCACAUGGCCUUCUACCUGGCUGGGGUUCCUCCUCUCCUCUGUCCCGUACAGUAUAUUCUUCAGCGCCUGCAGGAGGGUCAGCAAGAAACUCUCCCCAGACCUGAUCUGCAGCUUUCCCUUCCUGGCUCUGACCACCAGUCCCCUCCCAUCCCUGGUCACCAGCUUCUCCCAACCAGCCCGGACCACCAUCAGUUGCCACAACCCAAAGAUGUUGCCAACAGUAACCAAGUGACAGGCCACUGCGGUAAAGACUCAUCUGUAACACAUUAG